GACGGCUCUGGAGGGCAUGCUGCUGUCUCCUGUCCUCCCACCCAGGUACGCCGGGGCCCUUCCCUAAUCCCUCCCACAAUCCUGUCCCCAUCCACCUGAUCUGUCUGCCCGGGCUCACAAUGCUCACAGCACCAACCAGGGAGCUUCUCAUCAGUGGCAGAACUGUAACCUUUCUGCACUUCUGAUGUGCCUCUCCGUCAGGUAAGACCAGUGGCUGGAGAUCCAACAUACCUCUGUCCACCUGAGCAGUCCCUUUGUCCUCCCAAGAUGAACUGGGGAACCUUCCAGGCCCUCCUCGGCGGCGUGAAUCAGUACUCCACUGCAUUCGGACGGGUCUGGCUAUCCAUGGUGUUCGUGUUUCGUGUCUUGGUGUUCGUGGUGGCCGCCCAGCGGGUUUGGAGCGACGAAAACAAGGACUUUGUCUGCAACACGAUUCAGCCGGGCUGUGUCAAUGUCUGCUACGACCACAUCUUCCCCAUUUCACACAUCCGACUGUGGGCCCUGCAGCUCAUCUUCGUCACGUGUCCGUCCCUGAUGGUGGUGGGUCACGUGAAGUACAGACAGAAGAAGAACAUGCAGUACACAGCCGUACAUGAAGGGAAUCAUCUGUAUGCCAACCCAGGAAAGAAGAGAGGCGGGCUGUGGUGGACAUACCUAGUGAGUCUGGUCUUCAAGGCUGGCUUUGACGCCGGCUUCCUCUACAUUCUGUACUAUCUGUACGACGGUUACCACAUGCCACGUCUCUCCAAGUGUUCUCUGAAGCCAUGCCCCAACACCGUUGACUGCUUCAUCUCACGUCCCACCGAGAAAACAAUCUUCAUCCUGUUCAUGGUGGUCUCGUCAGUGAUCUGCAUCGUCUUGUGCAUCUGUGAGAUGUGCUACCUCAUCGGCAAGAAUGUCCAGAAGCGAAUUAUAAGAAAGGAAUUGGAGAAGAGGAGGAGGUUGGCUGAGUGGCACAAGGACACGUCCCUGGUGGGGCCGAGUUUGAAGUCGAAGGCUACAGUGUCUGUCUGGGAGGACCCAACUAACACAGCCUCCAUACAGAACCUCGCCACCAGGGAGACUUAAAGGCUCCAACCAGAAGUGGAAUAACCGGCGUCAUGUGACAGGGGUGGAGCUAGAUAAGGAGAUGGACGGUAAAAGGUUUUUCCAUCUUAGGUCAGUGAAAUGGAUACAAUUAACUUUUGGAGGAGUUGUGAUAACUUGAAUUGCUUUCACAUUCUACUUUUAGAGAACUUUUGUGAAAGAGUUAUACCAACUAAAAUACCCAACUUAACCCCUGGCACUCAAGGAAACCACUGUGUGGAGGGACUGGUGUCAUUUGUGUGAGCUACCAUCCACUGACACUGGGUCAACUCAUAUUCUAACAACGGGGAAAAAAAGAAUGUGUAUUUGGAGCUAACAUCUCUUUGUACAUAUUAUAUGCCAACGUUUCUCACAGUUACACAGUGAUUGAACCGUCACAUUCUCCGCUCCACUUUCUCACUGGUGGGUUCAGCACACACUGACAGCCUCCUACCUGAGAGACUGUUCCUGCCAGCUUCCCACCAAUCCACCUUAACAGGAAUGAGCGACUGUAUGUCCAUGUGUAUAACACUGUCUGCUGUAGAACUGCACUGACUGGAAAUUUCCCAUCUGCAGACCGUACCUUAUCCAUACUUUCAUUGAAUUUCAUAAUAAAUGUAUAAUAAAUAUAUAUAAUAAAUGGCAUGUAUAGAGCUCCGGAAACAAUUGAGAGACCACUGCACCUUUUUCUUUCCUUUUCAAAAAAGUCGAAAAGGAAGGUUUUGAGUGAGGAACAGAAGGGUUAAAUUAAGAGACCACUGCCAAUUGAACACUUCUGUUAGUCACUCAAAACUAUCCUUUUUAACUUUAUUGGAAAGGAAAGAAAAAUGUGCAGUGGUCUCUUAACUUUUUCCAGAGCUGUAUAUUUCUGAAGAAACUAACAAAUCAGUUGGGUUAAUGCAAAAUGCAAAACUCAUAUUCAAAUGUCUCAGUUUAGUUUUAAUAGACCUAGCUCUUAUAUCUGCACUUUCCAAAGGCACAAAUUCCCAGAAAAAUACAAACUCAAUCCUUGAAUGGAUUGGGUUUGUUCUAAAAUGACCCUCAGAAUUUGCUGGUACUUCCAAUCAGAGCACUUUAUUGCCAUUCUGACCGCACUUUCAUUAUCUACAUUUAUUGUUUUGUUUUAUAAAGUUUAAAAAAUCUGUUUAAAGCUUAAAAAGUCUGUGG